AUGGCGUGCUUCUCGUUGGGCGAAGCCUCACUGGAAAGCCGCCGUCUGCGGCUGCUCGUUACUGCCACGGGCACGCGCAACUCGUCUUGGGCUCAACCUCUCGUGGUCCGGCUCUCCAAGGACCGUCGCAUCGAGAUGAGAGCAGUGGUCGACGACCCGCCGCCGAGGCUGAAUCAGCUCAUCAUUACCAUACAGAACUCGCCCAUAGCACAGGAGCAGCAAGUCGACCCGGAUCACUCAUCCCCUAGGCGAUCUGGCCUGGACAUAAGCGACCUGGUCGAAUGGGCCGAUCUGUUGGUUUGUGUGCCCCUAGAUAUGAAAGGUAUUGGGAAUCUGUUGGCCGGCACUAGCGAGACUUUCCUUGAUGAUCUCUUGAAAAGCUGGGCCAAGGCACAAAAAGCGUGCAUCAUGGUACCUGGAAUGGACGAUGGCGGAUGGCUGAACCCGUCUGUCCAGCAGCAAUUGGGCCAGGUGCAGACAGCAUGGCCCUGCAUUCGAUUGAUGCAGCCUAUACUGUGGCACUAUGAAGAUGCGGCGCAUCCGCAGCAAGCAACAAACUGGAGUGGAUUCCGGGAUUUGCUUGACCUCAUCCAAAAUCAGGCAGACUUGUUGAAUCUCGGUCGAGACACAGAGGCCACCAUCGAAGUCGUUGAUAUGCCCAAAGCUCGGUCGCCCACUCUCCCAGGGCUUCCAUUCGAGCUAUGGAGCAAAAUACUGAGCUUCACGGGCGAUUGGGAGCUGGCGAAUGCCUUGGGUAUUAGCACCAAUCUACCCAUUCCAGGAGAGUGGAACACGCAGAUCAACGACCUGGGUGAUCCUCUGCGCGUAUACUCGCGCGAGCUCGAGCGGACGGUUCUGACGUGUGACACCAGUGCUAUCUGCCAAAAGAUAUCUCAGGUGCCAGCAGACCUUCACAUGCUACCGGUAUUAGUUGUGAAACUCAUCACACGAUUUGCCUUGGUGGAAGUGCUCACUUUUCUCGAGCAAAACCAUCCCCAGCUGUUCAAGGCGUUUGAUGGAGCAUUUCUCCCAACGAAGGCGUCUGCAUAUUUCCCUCAGGUCGAGGUCUUGGAUUACUGGAAGAAUAGUCUGCAUUUUCGAGGCCGCCAUGUCUACAACGCAGAGGCGAUAGAUGGCGCAUCAAAGAAUGGCCACGUGCAUAUACUGCAGUGGUGGAAGGAGUCAGGGUUUCCGCUGGUAUACACCAAGGCGUCACUGGAACAAGCGAGUAGCAAUGGCCUCAUCUCAGUCCUUGACUGGUGGCGCAAUGCCGCCGCCGCGGAUCACAACAUUGUCUUGAAACCUGGCAGGUCUCUCUUAUGGGCCGCUAGCAAUGGCCGGGAGGAUGUGCUGAGAUGGUGGCAUGCUUCUGGCCUCCAUGUCGGGUAUGCUGGCGGCGUGGCUUUCACAGCGAGCCGGUGGGGACACGCAAAUGUCCUGGAAACCUGGCGAAAGCUGCAGGGCGACGAGAACGUCAUAUUUGACGCCGAGGAAGUGAUAUUCAUCGCAUCUCUUCGCCAGCACGUGGAGGUGCUCGAAUGGUGGCGCCGAUUUGCCCAGGGCACGCUCAACGGCAUGAAUGGGCGAGGAGUGCAGGUCAAGUUUCGAACUAGGAGGAUUCAAGAGGCUGUUGAGUCCUCCCCUAAAGCUCAAGAAUGGUGGUUCCGCUAUAGACUGAGUCUAGGAAAAAGCCAGGACUGGUGGCCUCUCUUUCUGCGCCUCUGAGGGCUUGGUGUGUUGCGAGGAGACGUAACGUGGUAUGCUUCCUCUGUACAUUACAUGUAAAGUACUGAACCUCCAUCAUACA